AUGGACCAGUUCCUUGACGGGGUCAAAGAUGGUUUUAUUGAGUUAAGAGUCUUACUGACUGUAUACUUUAUCGUCAUACUUGGAAUACUUCAACAUUUGCUAAUCACCAGAAAGUAUCCACUACGAGUUAGGUACCAUGGUGUUGAAACAAGGCUGAAUGUCAAGUCUCGUUCUUCGAAGAAUGAUUCUAUCCAUACCGAUAUAAACUUCAAUAAAACAACACAAGAAACUGUUCAAAAAUCAACAUCCCCUCUUCGUUUGAAAACGACAAGCAUCAAAUCGAAUGCACAAACUUCAUCCACUGCUCUGAAAACUUCUACAAUCGAAGACACUCCGACUUUGAAAAGUGUUUCGUCUUCAACUUAUUUUCCGAAGAAAGAACCCAAAUUCUUACUAUGUGUUGGAACCAGGGGAAGGUUAGGAAACCAUAUGUUUGAGUUCGCAUCUGGAUAUGGCAUUGCUGCUAAAAAGAAUAUGGUUUCGGUUAUUAAGCAACGAGGAUUAGUAGACUCUGUGUUUGAACUUAAGAAUGACAGCCAUCUUUUGCUUGUGCCUGAUUUGAAGGCAUGUAAAGGAACACCCCAGAGAUAUGAAAGGUGGUGUAGUCGUUACGAUCCACAAUUGGAGAAUUUUACUGUGGUUUCAAACAUAUUUAUGGGCUGGGGACUUCAGUCGUGGAAAUAUUUCAAUGAUUCUUCUCAAAAUCUGCGAAAACAAAUGACGUUUAGAAAACAUAUACGUCAAAAAGUGACUGAAAUUCAAGAAAGAACUUGGAGAAAAUUUAAUUUUACGUCACGAUCUGACGUAACGUUUAUUGGCGUUCACAUACGUCGUGGAGACAUGUUGACGAACCCACUUGGCUAUGACGUAGCUACACCUGAAUAUAUCUCUCGCGCAGUAGAAUUUUUCAAAAAGUAUAAAAAUACUAUUUUCCUAGUAUGUUCAAUGGACUUAGCUUGGUCGCAAAAAUAUAUGCCAAAGAACGUUAGAGUGGAAUUUAGUGUUGGAAAUACACCGGAAGUUGACAUGGCUCUGUUAGCCUCUUCUGACCACGUGAUUCAAACAGUGGGUACAUUUGGGUGGUGGUCUAGCUGGCUGAAUAAUGGAACCGUGAUUUAUUACAAAUGGCCAGCAAAGGAGGAUGGGAAACUGAGGUCAACAUUUAGUGCUGAUUAUUCAGAUUUCUUUUUGCCUACCUGGAUUGGAAUGUAAUUCUUCCAUAGUAACCCUAAAAGUAAAAAGUGAAAAGUAAACCCUAAACCUUGGCGUACGCAGUCCUGUUUUCCUGAAAUAUGCCCCGUUCUUAACUAAUAGUCAAAGCAUGUUCAAAUGGAGUGGUACUAACUACUUAAUAGGAGCUGGGGAUCAGUGCUAUCUACUGACAUAUCACUCUUCAGAAGUAUAUACAUAUAUAUCUAAAGUCACAUAAAAAGAUACGAAUGCGAAGAUUAUUUGGGCCACACUUCUGUAUAAUGCCUUUUGGAAAGGUCAAUACAUGUAUUUCAUAUGAAUGAUCUGAGGGAUAAUAAACAAUAAGUGCGUUAUUGAUUGUAUUAUCUUAAAAGGAAGAUAAAAUGUAGACUGUGUGCUCUCAGUUUCCCGGAUAUUUAGAUCAAUGAUAUCAAUUAUAUUUGAAUCAUUGUGAAACUGAUUAACAUAUGCAUGAUUACAACAACAGCCCGGAUACAAGACAAAAAAGAGCUAAAUUAUCAAUAGAUGCAGACAGAUUGUUCAUAUCUACACACUAUACGUGAUCAUGACAGUAAGCUUUUCAUUGUGCAACAGGUUUUUCGUGCUAUAGUAAUUGUUAAGUCUACAAUUAAUAACUACAGACUACUCGAUAUUGAUUGUCUAGAGUAAUUUAGUUUGAGGCUAUCAAAAAGAACUGAGGUGUCUUCAGUAAAUACAAAAAUUCA